AUCACUUGGCCAAAUAAUUAAAUAACUAAGAUUCUGGAUAUAUUUAAGAAUUAUUUAGGAUAUGUUAUACUUGAGCUUCACUGUUUAGUGCUGAAUAAUUACUGUAAACCUUUAAAGAUGCUAAUUAAUGGGUAUAAAAAUGUUAUCUUGUGGUCAUUGGCAGACAUUUUAGGAAAGCUCAUGGUAGCUGUUGUCAUUUCAUUGCAGUAAGACUAAAAUUUUACCAGUGAACAUUUUUUUUUUACUUUUGAUUUAACUCCUUUUUGAUAAAAUUGUCCACAACAAAUUACCUAAAAGUAUUUUAUUGGAAAUAAUUCUUUGUAUAGGUCACUUAAAUUUUUUUUCCUAAUAUGAGUGUUGCAUAAGGCAACGAAAGCAGUCAACUAGAGUGGAUUUAAAUGAACCAGUCAAGCAGUGUUUCUAAGAAACAUUUAAGAGAGUCUUUUAAUUUUAAAUAAGUUGAAAGAGCCUAUAAAAACGUUCUUUAAAUCAUGCCCAAGGUUAUUUAUUGACAAUUGGUUCUUAACCCAAAAUACUGUGCUCUAAGGAAGGAGCAUUGAUUCAAGGUUAUGGAUACAACCCUUUUGACUAAGUCUCCAUUCUUUUUAUAGUUCAUUUUUGAUACUAUGUCAGCUUAAACCUACUUAAUUUUAGGCUUUCGGAUUGACCGUAUGUCCAGAAAAGGGGGCCUGCUUUUUGAUGCACAGAGAUUCCUAUUGAACAUAAGUAGUGCUAGAUAGGAGACAUUUGAAACUUAUCCUUCUUCAUAAAAUUGAAGGAUCUGGAUUCCUUAAUAAUGGCUUGAAUGAUGCUUUCGUUUUUUUUUUUUUAAGUAUGCCUGCCAUUAAAAUUCUUGGUAGAGAAAUAUAAAGGAAAAUAGUUAUAUCAGUUUUGCUUCUAUGAUAGAAAUUUUGAAACAUGUAGUCAGUAUGGUUGCUAUGGUUUAGAACUAAAUAUCUUCUUUUUAUAAAUGAUUGAAAUAAUGUGACUUGUAAAUAUUUUAUCAGUUACUGCUCUGUAACAUUGUACAUGUGAUAUGCAUAAACUAUUUCUGUAGAUGUUAUGAUUUGUAAUUGUGGGCUGUAUAUAAUAUUGUUACAAGAUAUUGACUUUUGCAAUCCUUGUUUUGGGUUUGUGAGAAGUAAGAUAAUUUAUUUCUUCUUGAGGAGACUGUGUUCUCCUUCUGUAGAGUAGUUUAUAUGAUCGUUUCCUGACAGGAAACGGUUUUUCUAAAGUAGAGAUAUUACAAAAUAUGUUUUCAUCUGCCUUGAAAAUUCAUAUGCAAAGGGUAUGCAUUGGUGAUCUUUUAUGUUCUGUUUGAUGUGUUUAUCCUCUUAGAUUUGCUAGUCUAUAAGUAAAAAGUUAAGAUUGAUUAUUGACACUGGCUGAAGUUUGGUGUAAUUAGAGAUAACUUCAUAAAUUUUGACUGACAGACACAAUGAAGCAGUUUUGUGAUAUAGAUUAUUGAGGUGCAAAUGGAUCUCUGUAUCACAAAUUAGCCUACAUCUGUGUAGUCUUCAAUUUGAGUUCCAGCUGAAAGCCAAAAUACUGUAAAUGCUUUGUUAUUUUCACUGUUAGCAAUUAAUUCAAAGAGUUUGAGUAGUUUGUGAACUUUAGCAAAUGAACCCUUUUCAAGACUAGGGCUGGGCAUAGAUUAUGACAGUCAAAUCUUAAUAAAAUAAGAGCUGCUAACAAGCAGAUUUUUAACCUGAGGCUUAUAAAACUCAAUUUCUGUUUAGAAACUGACUCAGAUAGCUUUCUGUCUGGUCUCAUGCUGAAGUGCCCAGCCCUAAUCAAGUGUGAACAAAAUUAGAACUGUAUAAACCAGUAUGAUAUAAAUGAAUUUUAGUUGAUAAAUGUCAUCUUAUAAUUUGUCUUUUGAAUUGUCUAACAUUAGUAAGCUUACUUUUGUUUUUUCCCUCACUGUGCAACUUUUCCAGGUUUGGACCUUAUGAGUCUUACGACUCCAGGUCUUCUCUGGGUGGGCGAGAUCUGUACAGAUCUGGCUAUGGUUUUAAUGAACCCGAACAAAGCCGCUUCGGAGGUAGUUAUGGUGGUCGAUUUGAGAGCUCCUACCGGAAUAGCCUUGACUCUUUCGGAGGUAGAAACCAGGGCGGGUCUAGCUGGGAAGCACCUUACUCCCGUUCAAAAUUGAGGCCUGGGUUUAUGGAGGACAGAGGAAGAGAGGAUUACUCUUCCUACAGCAGUUUUUCUUCACCCCAUAUGAAGCCUGCACCUGUAGGCUCUCGGGGGAGAGGAACGCCUGCUUAUCCUGAAAGUACGUUUGGAAGCAGAAACUAUGAUGCUUUUGGAGGACCAUCAACAGGCAGAGGCCGAGGCCGAGGACAUAUGGGUGAUUUUGGAAACAUUCCUAGACCCGGAAUUGUUGUUGACUAUCAAAACAAACCCACCAAUAUGACAGUUGCUGCUGCAAGAGGAAUAAAGAGAAAAAUAGUACAGCCAUUUAAUAAACCCGGAGGAACCUUUAUCAAGAAAGCCAAGCUAGCAAAGCCGAUGGAGAAGGCAAAUCUCAGUAAGUCGCUUACAAAAACUGAUCCUAAAAACGAAGAAGAAGAAAAACGACGAAUUGAGGCUCGACGAGAGAAGCAAAGGCGCCGAAGAGAAAAAAACAGUGAGAAAUAUGGAGAUGGAUACAGAAUGGCAUUCACAUGUUCAUUUUGUAAAUUUCGGACAUUUGAAGAAAAAGACAUCGAACUACAUCUGGAAAGUUCUUCACAUCAGGAGACAUUAGAUCAUAUUCAGAAGCAAACCAAGUUUGAUAAAGUAGUUAUGGAGUUUUUGCAUGAAUGUAUGGUAAAUAAAUUCAAAAAAACAUCUAUUCGUAAGCAACAGGCAAGUAGUCAACCAGAAAUAAUCAGAAUAAUUGAAAAAGAUAUUAUGGAAGGUGUCACUGCAGAUGAUCACAUGAUGAAAGUGGAGACUGUUCAUUGCAGUGCUUGCAGUGUCUAUAUUCCUGCGUUACAUAGUUCAGUCCAGCAGCAUUUAAAAUCUCCUGAUCAUAUCAAGGGGAAACAGGCUUAUAAGGAACAAAUAAAAAGAGAGAGUGUCUUAACUGCUACAAGCAUUUUAAAUAAUCCGAUAGUGAAAGCACGCUAUGAACGUUUUGUUAAGGGUGAGAAUCCUUUUGAAAUUCAAGACCAUUCUCAAGAUCAGCAAGGAGAUGAUGAAGAUGAAGAAAAGAUUGAUGAACCUGUAGAAGAGGAAGAUGAAGAGGAGGAAGAAGCAGAGGAUGUGGAGGAAGCAGAAGCUGCAGAGGAUGUUGGAGAAGCUGAAACAGGAGAGGAAGUUGGAGCAGUGGGGGCAGCGUGGGAAGAGGAGGGAGGGGGAGAAGUGGAGGGAGGGGAAGAAGCAAAGGAAGAGCCUAUUGACUUCACUGUUGAAUAGCUUGAAGAAAAUUAAAUGUAAAGCAUUAGAUUUAAAAAAGCUUUAAAUCUCAGUGCUAAUAUGGAAAAGGGUAAGAAUUUAAUAUUUUAAAAUGAGUUAAUAUUCAUGUUGCAUGCAUUCCACACAUUAAAAUUUGUUUUAUAUAAUUUCUAAAUGUUUGACAUUUGUUUAAUAAAAUGAAGGUAAGACUAUUUUAGUUUAGUUUUUAUAGUUACCAAACAGAUCUGAUAAAUUGUUUGUAUAAUUUUUAAGCUUGAUUUUUAUUACUUUAUUGAUGUUAAGGAUGAUAGAUAUGUAUUGUAAGUGUAUCUGUUCUAAUCAUUUGAACUUAAAAGCUGCUCUUGAGUGAAUAUUCAAGUGUGCAUUAAUUUUUUGAAUACUUACCCUAGAAGAGAGUAAUUGGGCAAGUAUUUUGUGCUCUGAUUGUGUAUUUUUUUACUGCAUUGGACAUUGAAUAGUAAUUUGCGUUAAGAUACGCUUAAAGGCUUUUUGUGACCAUGUUUCCCUUUGUAGCAAUAAAAUGUUUUUUAUGAAAACUUUCUCCCUGGAUUAGCAAUUUAAAUGAAACAGUUCAUCAAUUAAAUGACUAUUUACAAAUCAAGAUUUGCCUUAAUGUAUGAAUUCAGUUCAAAAGUAUUAAUAAUCGAAGACUUGAAGAAAUUUUCUUGAUCAUCAUAUUUUUUAAAACUAUGGCUAAAUAUUUUUUUUAAGCAUUUCAAAUGGAGGUCAGUCUGUAAACUGGCCUUGUUUAUACUUGUUUUCAUUUGUUCCUUUUCUCUGUGCCUGUGUCAAAUCUUGAAAUCUUCCUGAAAAUACAUUUGAAUACAAAU